AAAUUCUUUUAAUUUUCGAUGUAAAACAUAUAUAUAUAUACCUAGUUAUUUGAAAUGUAAAUGUUUCAUACAAAACUACCCCAGCAGAUCAAACUUUUGUACACUAGGCUGUGGUGUAUGUAGUACAUAAUUUCUAAUUACUAGAAAUCUUAUUUUACAACUUUGUUUUAUUGUAAAAUGGAUUUUACUGUGGAAGAUGUUGUGCCAUAUACUAGUCGCACACUUUAUACAAGUUGUAUAACACGUACAAGAGGGAAGCAACAGUUCAGUUUAGGAGGUGCCGCAUAUGUACCUGCAACAGAUGAGGGUUUUGAUGAAUUUGAAGGGCUGCUUCGCCAAACAUGGACUGUUUUUGGGGUAUCUAUUUUAUUCAAUUUCCAGCAAGAUGAAAUACAUUUAAAGCACUAUGCAAAACGACUAAGAGAGGAAGUUGCAAGUGCUUCAACACAAGAAAAUGUUUCAUAUACUGCAGAAUUUACUGUUAUGAACAACAUAACAUUAAGGCCCAGUCCAGAAGAUCUACCACCAAUCAAGAUCGAAGUUUAUGGUAAAAAUAAUGAUAAAAAAGAUGUAAAAAAAUGUCUUUACACUGGGAUACUUUUGUCUUGGAGAACUAAUAAAAAUGAAUUAACUGCUGUUAAUUCUGUAAGACUCCCUCUUCUGCUAUGUCAUGGUGCACAAAGUACUAUAAGAACUGUUCAUAAUGUUCUAAAUCUGAUGUUUGACUGUAUAAUUAUUGGAUUACAUGCUCAAGAAGAUGAUUUAAUGUGGCUUGUUCCAAUUAUAAUCACCCCAACUAAUAAUGAAGAAUAUCCAAAGGAUAAAGAUGAAAUUCAAAUGGUUUAUAAAAUACCAGAACUGCCAGAUUCAGAUACAAUUACAAUAAAAUUCACAAUUUUAGAUUUAAUAAAAAUUUUAAAAGUAAUUAUAAAGGAUCAAAGUGACGAAGCAAGUGCCGAAAUUUCUUUUAAACUGGAACACAUAAAAAAGUUUCGCGAAGUUUUAUAUACUCAAAUGCUAGAAAUUGCUAAUUUACAAUUGGGAUUAUGUACAUUAUGCAAAAUUGGUUUGCCUUCAUUUACAAUGAUGGGAAAUAAGAUGAAAGUAAUGAAUGCAGAUACCAUGAAUCGCGUCCUGUUAUACUUAAAUGAAAAAGCUCUUGAUACAUUUCAUGCUUUACAUUUUGAAACUUAAAUUGAGACAUUUGGCGCAACACCGACCUAACUUCGAAACAAUAACUUUUGCGUAACAAUUAUUAUUUUGGCCUGUGACAAUUUAAAAUAACGAACCCAAGUUAGACCAAUAUAGUUUUUAAAAAUGAAAAAAAGCCAUUUUUUAAUUUUUGUUAGUUGCGUCGAUGUAGCGCUGCGUGCCUUAAUUGCAUAAUAUUUUUAUUAGUUACUGUAAUAUUAACCGUAAUUCACGAAUUGGACAAUUUGUAAUGAUAUAUUUUUAUUUAUAUUUGACAUAAUAUUUUUGUAUCACAGAGUGUAUAAAAUACUAAACUUCGAUGGAGGUAUUACUGCCAAUUAAUUUGACAUAAGAUAGUUAUAUUUAUAAAACACAGUAUUGUUAACAUCUUUAAUAUAUUAUAUAUGUAUAUGUAUAUCGCUUCUUUUAGAAGCUCGUUUAUAUAAAUAAAAUUUCAACAAUU